AUGGCGUCGUUUGGGUCUUUAAAAUCUGCAAUCUUCGACAGAGAAGCGAGGAAACAGCAGUACCAGGCUCACAUUCUCGGCCUCAACGCCUACGACCGUCACAAAAAGUUUGUUAAAGAUUACGUUAGCUUUUAUGGUAGCGAAGAAUCUUCACAUGUCAAGCUGCCGGUCAAAACUGAUCAAGACACCCUAAGAGAAGGGUAUCGGUUCAUAAGAUCCGAGGAAGAUGAUAUGGACCGCUCUUGGGAGCAAAGGCUGGUUAAGCGAUACUAUGACAAGCUGUUUAAAGAGUAUCCUUUGCAAACUGGUGCUAUUUUCUUGUAA